AUGAAGAUAGGCAUAAUACCGUAUCAAAAAGAAGAUUUUGAGAUCGAUAAAGAUAAACAACGCCCUUCAUUUUUAGAGUACCAAGAAACUUAUAAAGGAUUCAGCAAACCUAUAGAUACUCCCUUAAAUAAACGUCAUUUUAUAUACACACCAUGCGCACCAAUUUCUCAGUUUACAGAGUUAGGAUAUUGCAAUACAGAAUAUCCUUUUGAGAAACCAGGUUUCAACACCAUGGAUAGAUCCGAUGGAUUAUCAAUGAUAAAUAAAGGAAACGACACCGUAGGGGUAAUACAAUCGAUGGGUUGGAGAUCUGGCCGUUGUGAUGUCUGUAUUAAAGAAGGUGUAUCGUACUGGGAAGUAAUUGUAUUAAAGGGUGGUGCCGUAGCUGUAUCCAACGACGAAGAUGGAGACAGUGAAGUUAAGACGAAGGAUGCCAUAGACAAUAGUCCUCAUUUAAGAUUUGGUAUCUCUAGAAGGGAGAUGAGUCUCGAAGCUCCUGUUGGUUUUGAUGCAUAUGGGUACGGAAUUAGAGAUCAAGCUUUAGAAUCUGUACAUGAGGGUAAAUUAAAUCAGAAGAUUCGAACUAAAACACAAUUAAAAGAAGGAGAUAGAAUAGGGUUUGUAUUAACAUUACCAGAUACACAAGAACAAAUAGAACAAGCUCGAGAAUAUACAAUGAGAAGAUUGGAUGCUUUAUUACAAUCAGGUUCUAAAGGGAUAUCAAACUCAGAUAUGACAUCAGAGAAUGAUCAAUCUUUAUCAUCCGGACCACAUAGAAAGAAAUUGAAACAUUGGAAGCCAUCACAAAAGGAAUUCCAAGAAGCAUUAUUACGAGAUAUUGACUAUACCAAUAUAGUUAGAGAUCAAAUCGCCAUUAGAUAUAAGGGACAGUUAUUAUUCGAAGGGACAGAUUAUGUGAAGACUACAAAACCCGAAUAUUAUUCAUCUGAUCAUAGAGAGAGACAAGAUUAUUAUAAUUUGAAAGGAUCCUCUUUGAAAUUAUAUUUGAAUGGAGAAUAUCUAGGGAAAUCUUUUGAGAAUUUAAAUCCAUUUUUACCACCUUUCAGUGAAUUACAAUAUAAUGAAAAAUUUUAUUAUAAUUAUUGGAAAAAUGGUGGGGCCCGUCUUGCGGAGGAUCAUUCUCUUGAUAGAUACAAUGAUUCGACACAUGUUACUAAAAACGAGAAAUUAACGGAAACUGAUAAUUCUGGUGGUAUAAUGAAUAAUUUAACUGAUGUGAAAGGAGUUCAGUUAUUAAGAAACAAAUAUGUUAAUAAUAAUCGAUUAGGUUACUAUCCAACUGUGAGUUGUUUCAAUGGUGGUGAAGCGAAAAUCAUUACCGUUGGUUCUGAAUUGAAAUAUUUGGAACAAGUGAAGGAACAAGAAGGUAUUGAUUGUAAAAUUAAUACACUCGAUAAAUUAUUCAAUGAACAAAUAGCUGAUGAUAUCAUAUGGGAUAUCGUUGAUGAGCUUGAAGAAGAAUGCAAGAAAGGAAAAUAG